AUGGAGGACGACACUGCGUGGAGUGAGGAAAAGGGAUUUUGCUUGAUAGAUGCGUACCGAGUUCGUGAAAUUUUGUGGAACCCGCAAAAUGAAAACUAUUUUAAGAAAAAUCUUAAGCAAGAUGCGUGGUCGGAAAUCGCAAAGUUGAUGUCAAUGACUGUAGAAAAAUGCAACAGCAAAAUUGUUAGUCUUCUCUCUUCAUUCCGCCGCGAAAAGCUGAAAGAAAAAAAUCAAAGGGGACAGGAAAAGGUGCCUCGGAAACAUACAUAA